AAAAGAUAAAAUGUUGUAUACUCAGCAAAAUGAUAAAGUUUUGACACAUAAGCAACCAAAAACGAUAACCACAAUAAAAGAAACAGAUAUGAAUUUCCUGUUGGCGUUGUAUAAAUCGUGUCAUAGAAUAUUAAAAGUCUCAACAACCUGUAGAUUUUUAUCUCUUUAACAUCCCCUAUCGGUUAAGAGUAGGAAGGAGAAACGCUUCUGUCACAUGCGAGAGUUUAGUGAGAGACUUUCUGUUGACAUGCGUGAGACUAAAACAUGAAAUAUGGUGAAAAUUAAACUGUGGAAAUUUAUCUUAUUCGCUUUCCAAUUCUUUCAUAGUUGUCGUUCGUUUAGCCAUUGGAUCGUCACCGAAAAUGGUCGAAUUCAAGCCAAGGUUGAAUCCCCGUUUUAUCUAAGAAGACCUUACGAUUUAUUCGCUCUAAUAGACCAAGAAACCCGAAAAAAUGAUAUAAACGUCUUAUACAAAGAUUUAGUUAAUCGAAAAACAGUAAUCGACAUGAAAUGGACUGGAUUAGAAGGAGCCUCAGAUGUUGAAACAAGAGUUUACACACAAGAUCCUGAUUGUUUAAAAGCGGGAACUUUAUUAAGUGAAAUUAAUUUAUACACAACCAUUUUCACCAAUGGGAGUCAUAGGGGAUUUAGCAUUGAACUUGAUAAUGAUUCAGAAGAUGAAAUUAUUGAUGCUGUUCCUGAAUGUAUGAAAUACAGUGAUGUUGGAUAUAGCAUGUUUACAUAUGAGCAUUUACAACCUAUGAUUGAUAGAAAAAAUUUGAGUAUUCCUGCUAUACCUGUUGCUGAAGCUGAUGCUGAAGUUUCUGUACAAUUCGCAGAACAAAUUGCUUUAGCUUUAAGAAAAAACUCAACAUCUUGGAUUCAUUAUAAUUUAGCUGCUAUGUAUUGGAGAAUGGAAGGGGAAGCUUUUCAAGCUAUUGAAUGUAUUCGAAGAGCUUUAUUUUAUGUUCCUUAUCAAUAUAGAGAUAUACCAUUAUUAACAUUAGCUGGAAUUUUCCAUAUUACAAAACAUUCCAAAGAAGCAGCUUUAAUAUUACAUGCUGCAAUUGAUCACGCUCCUUAUGAACCAAUGAAUUAUUUAGCUUUGGGUCAUGUUUAUACAAUGUUAGCUGAUUAUAACAGAUCAGUUUUGUGUUAUGAUAACGUUUUAAAAUUAAAACCAGAUUAUCAGGAUGUUAUAACAGUAAGACAUGCUACUUUAUGUCGACAAAAAUUAGAAAAUGGCUUAAUGAGCUUACAUGAAUCAUUACAAGAUAUUUUAAUGGAACUCCACGAUUAUCACAGUCAACAACAACAAUGGUUAAGGUUACAAGAACGUUUAAUUUGGGAACAAGCCCCCAUUGAAAUGCAAUUAGUUGGUUAUAGUAUGGAUAAAAUUCAUGAUAUGUUUAUAAAGAAAGGUCAAAGAUGUAUUUAUCGCACGUCGGAAGAUCAAAAAUCCACAAUAAGUUGUGAUUUUAUGGACAACCAUGUUGCUACAAGUAUGCAAUUUGAUAUCAUGAAUUUUAGAAGACUUCUAAGAAACGUAGAGAAUGAAGCGAAAAAAAUUAAUGAUCAAAUGGCAAAGAACAAAGCCAAUUACCCGCGCGGGGCGUCGAGAAAAGAAAAAGAUAAGAUACAAAGUAAAAAGGAAGCAGUGAAACAUUUGGGUAAAGUAAAAAGUAAGAAAGAAAAACGAUCUUCAAUGCCCCCUUUAGGAAAUCCUGUUUUUCCAACUUCAACAUCUACUUUAAAUAAUUUAUACUUUGAUGUUACCGGAUGGCCUGGAAAAGAUGAGUGUCUUAAUUGGGACUUGGAUAUUGAUCAAGAAGAUAAUUUAAACCUCCCAGUAUUUUUACCGCCAGAAAAUAAAGGAUAUCAGGUUAAUAAAAUUUUAUCAGAAUACAUAGACAUUCCAGAAGAAAAGGACCAUGAUCUACCAUGGUAUCCACCAAUUUGUAAACACCCAGAUAUGGAGGAAGACGAGUCUUAUUUACCUUCUUCAAUAAGAAGAGUUAUUGAUAAACCUUUAAAAUCCCAUCCAAUUCUUCAACAACAACUUUUAGGUUAUAUUAACCAAGGAAAUGGUGAAGAAGCUGAAAUUGGGCAAAGAAUUGUUUCUGCUAUGAAUAAAAAAUCUGGUCCACCAUGGGUAUUAGCAACUUUAGCAAGUUUAUACUGGCGAAUACGUUCAAAUACAAAGAAUGCAUUAAGUUGUUUAGAUCUACCGUUUGAUACAGUCCCCAAAGAACACACGGACGUCAUUUUAGUCUCAAUGGGUUCGAUAUUCCAUCAACUUGGUUUAAUUGAAGACGCAAUAAAAUUUGCCAGUUUAGCCUUUAAAGUGAAUUACGUCGAACCAAGCACAAAUUUUUUGUUGGCCUUAUUACACUACACAAAUAAUAACCCAAUUCUUGCAAUGUAUUACAUGAAAAAUGUAUUGAGAGUCGAUCCUAACUAUUACGAAGGAAAAGCCGAAGUUUUACUGAAAACUUGGGCGUGUAGAGUGAAGUUGGGUGCUUAUGAAGAUUUGAAACACCCUGUUGAAAAACCGCAAGAGGAAAUGUGUAAGAAAGCUGAUACAAUAAGCGGCGAAGGAGUUAUUUGUAGUCCAAAUGGGGAUCAAUGUAAAACAGCGUCGAUUCAAUGCGUUAGAACGUCGAGUUUGAAUGAUGUUGAGGCUCAUUGUACAAAACACAAAGUUCCCGUUGGGCAAUCAUUAAUUUCUUUGUUAGCUAGUGAAGGUUCUGGCGCUAGUUUACGACCGAAUGAACCGGAAAUGACUCAUUUAGAGAAUAUUAUGAGUCAACCCCAACAAGCUUUUCAUAUGAGAAUUACCUUGGGUGAUGAAGCUGCUAGUGUUAAUACUUUAGGUGACUUUUAUGUUUCAGUUUCUUUAACUGAUGAUCCAGUUCCGGAACCAAUGCUUUACGUUUAUGAUAAAUCAGGAAAAUAUCCUUUAUCACAUAAAGCCUGUCAACAUAUCCGAGAUGCUGAUUGGUUACAUUUUACUUCAAUGUGGCAAAGUAUAGCAGCAAGAAAUAUUGAUAUAUCUCCGUAUUUAAAACCAUUACAUAAAUCAAUAAAAGAACACGUAAAACCUCGUUGUUCGAAUACGAUUCCACCAUCUUCAGCGACUUUGGAUCAUUUAACAGCGAUGGUUCUAAGAAAUCGUUUACCAAGCGUUCCUGAAACAACGCUUUCUGAAUGGUUGGGUUUAAUGGCCGGUGAUCAACACGCGUCUAUUCGUGAAUUGGGUACAAAAAUUAGUAUCGCUUUACAAGAAAAUACGACGUCGUGGAUUUUAGCGACGGCCGCUGCUCUUUAUUGGAGAGUUGUUGGAAAUACCGAAGAAGCGAUAACGUGUUUACGACACGCUUUAACCUACGUUCCAAGUGAUAUGAAAGAUGUUCCGUUGAUUAGCUUAGCAAAUAUUUUGCACAAAGUUGGAUUUCAUGGUGAUGCUUUAGAAGUAGCUUAUAUAGCUUUGGAAAGUAAACCUGAUUUUCCCGUUAAUCAUUUUACAGCUGGAAAUAUUCAUACUUCUUUGGGGGAUUUAGAAAAAGCAAUAUCUUUUUAUAGACAAGCUUUAGCUUUGGAUGCAAACUUUGAGCCAGCUCGAAAUCGACUCCAAGCGAUUCUAUGUACAUUUCUUUUUGAUGAAACCGGAUCAUUACGAGACAUAACGGAUAUUUCAGAGACUUAGACGCUUUUCUUUUUUAUAAAAAGGACAAUGAAUUUUUUUAUUCAAUCAAUUUUCAGUUUUGAAUCAUUUUAAUUUUUCUUUUUUAUUACGUUAACUUUUAAAUUGUCACCUUAGGUUCAAAUCGGAUUUAUGUGAUAUAACUUAUUUUAUUUAAGAGACGCAAUAACGUUUUUUUCUUAAAGAAUAUUUUACCUUUUUUUAUACUACAUAUUUUUGUACUUAAAAAGACCCGGAUGUUUUCAAUUUAACUUUGAGGAGCCAAAGAUUUUUUCAUUUAUCCAAUUAUUAUUUUAUUUUUCAAGUCUUUUAUAAGAAUUUUAAGUUUAGCGUGACACGUUAAUGUCUAUUAAUGUGACGUUAAAACAUCUUUCCUUUCUUUCUGAGUGUUUUCUUGACCAACUCGACUCUGUACCUUCAAGACGUAACAUGUCGCAGAUUAUUAACAAUAAUUGAAAAUGCUAUUGAGAAAUAUAUUUUAAAUUCGAAUAAAAAUACUCUGCAAUUUU